UCAGCUGCACAUGCGCAGUGCUGGUGGCCGGACUAGUAAACAUGGCGGCGUUCAGAGCCGGGUUGUUGGCUGCUAUGGCCCGCAGCGCUUCCCGGGUGCCCAUCGCCGGGCGGAGGGCCGGAGCUGGCUGGUUGGUGCCCUAUGCCAGUGUGAGAGCAGCUCAUGAUAUGCCGCACCAUCUGAUGCCUGGACCCUGUCCCAAAACCCCAGAAGAAAUGGCAGCUGCAGCUAAGAAAUAUAAUUUGCCAUUGGAGGAUUAUAAACCAUACCCAGAUGACGGAAUGGGUUAUGGAGAUUAUCCAAUGCUUCCUGAAAAGUCACAGGAAGAAAGAGAUCCAUGGUACAUGUGGGACCAUUCUGAUUUUAGGAGAAAUUGGGGAGAGACGCUGCACUGGGACUUUGAUAAGUACCUCCGGAAUCGAGUUGAUACUUCACCAACCCCUGUACCCUUUAACCGGAUGCUUAAAUUGUACCUUGGGUUCAUUGCCUUUAUGGCACUUAUGUUCUACCUUGGAGAGGUGUUUCCAUCUUAUGCUCCAGUUGCUCCCAAACAAUAUCCAUACAACAACCUGUACUUGGAGCAUGGUGGGGAUCCUUCCAAAGCACCUCCUGAAACCAAACACUAUGAAUUCAAAUAGAUUGGUAGAAUCUAAUUCCUGCUGUAUGCCUAGUCUUCUUAAUACAAUAAAGUGGCACUCUAACAAGUAUUUAUUAAGAAUAUA